AGGAGCGGUAGUGUCAAGCACGUCGUUGAGACUUGAUUGUUACAGCAUGGGAGCUGUCAACACAGAGCUCACGAUAUUUGCGCGUGUUUAUCGCAGCGUCCAGUUUUCACACAAAGCGAAUUAAAACGGCUUGAAGAUCUCGCGACCAAUUUCCAUAAACUUCAGCGCGCAUCUCAAACGCACCAAAAACAAUCAGCGUAAUACAAACAACUGUCUCUACAAAUCAAGGUGACUGACCAGCUUCUGUGGGAUUUGAUGUCACCUUUAGAUCGGUUUAACUGAAGAUGGAAACACUGGAGUCCGAGCUGACGUGUCCAAUCUGCCUGGAAUUGUUUGAGGAUCCCCUUCUGCUGCCCUGCGCCCACAGCCUGUGCUUCAACUGUGCUCACCGCAUCCUGGUCUCGCACUGCUCCAGCACCAAGCCCCUUGAGUCCAUCUCCGCCUUCCAGUGCCCUACCUGCCGCUACGUCAUCACGCUGAAUCAGCGCGGCCUUGAGGGCUUGAAGCGCAAUGUGACGCUGCAGAACAUCAUUGACCGCUUCCAGAAGGCCUCCGUCAGCGGGCCCAACUCGCCCAACGAGAGUCGCCGGCCGAGGCCCUACAGUGCCACGCUCGGCGGGAGUGUGCGGGGAAGCCCCGCCAGUAGCGCCAUGUCGCUAGAGCGUGUCGGCUGCCAGUUCUGCGAUCAGGAGCCACCACGGGAGGCAGUGAAGACCUGCGUGACGUGUGAGGUGUCAUACUGUGAUCGCUGCCUGCGGGCGACGCACCCCAAUAAGAAACCCUUCACCACCCAUCGUCUGGUGGAGCCGGUGGCCGACGCUCACCUACGUGGGCUGGCCUGUCUUGAACAUGAGAAUGAGAAGGUGAACAUGUACUGCGUAGUAGACGACCAGCUAAUAUGUGCUCUCUGCAAGCUGGUGGGACGGCACCGUGAGCAUCAGGUCACUUCGCUAAGCGAGCGCUUUGACAAGCUUAAGGCUUUUCAAGUGAGCCCUGCCAGAGUUUCUGAAGCGGUUAUGGAGGCAUCAAAGACAAGCGCUGCGCAAACCCUGGAGAAUAACUUAACCAAUCUGGUGAAGAGGAACAGUGAGCUGGAGAACCAGAUGGCCAAACUCAUCCAGAUUUGCCAACAGGUGGAGGUGAACACAUCCAUGCAUGAAGCCAAGCUGGUGGAGGAGUGUGAUGAAUUGGUGGAGAUAAUUCGCCAGAGGAAACAGGUCAUUGCUGUCAAGAUCAAAGAGUCCAAGGUGAUGAAGUUGAGAAAGUUGGCGCAGCAGAUUGCGAACUGCAGACAGUGUCUGGAGCGCUCGAGUGCCCUCAUCACCCAAGCUGAGCACAGCUUGAAGGAGAACGACCACGCCCGCUUUCUGCAGACAGCCAGGAAUGUGGCUGAGAGAGUUGCCAUGGCCACUGCCUCCUCUCAGGUCCUCAUCCCAGAUGUCAAUCUGAACGACGCCUUUGACAAUUUUGCCCUUGAUUUCUCCAGAGAAAAGAAAAUCUUGGAAGGACUGGAUUAUUUGACAGCACCCAACCCUCCCUCUAUACGUGAAGAGCUUUGCACUGCAUCUCAUGACACCAUCACAGUGCACUGGACCUCUGAAGAUGAAUUUAGCGUCACCUCCUACGAGCUUCAGUACACCAUCUACACUGGCCAGACCAACUUCAUCAGUCUGUAUAACUCUGUAGAUAGCUGGAUGAUUGUGCCCAACAUCAAGCAGAAUCACUACACAGUGCAUGGCCUGCAGAGCGGCACUCGUUACAUCUUUUUUGUCAAGGCCAUCAAUCAGGCAGGCAGCCGAAACAGUGAACCUGCUCGCCUCAAAACCAACAGCCAGCCUUUCAAACUGGACCCCAAAACGGCCCAUAAGAAGCUGCGUCUGUCUAAUGACUGUCUGACCAUGGAGAAAGAUGAAAGCUCUCUGAAGAAGAGCCACACUCCAGAGCGCUUCAGCGGAACCGGAUCCUAUGGUGCCGCUGGUAACGUCUUCAUUGACAGUGGCUGCCAUUAUUGGGAGGUUUUACUAGGAGCCUCCACUUGGUAUGCUAUUGGUGUGGCCUACAAGUCAGCACCCAAGAACGAAUGGAGUGGUAAAAACUCAUCAUCUUGGGUUUUCUUGCGCUGCAACAACAACUUCCUGGUGCGGCACAAUAAUAAGGAGUCGCUAGUGGAGGCGUCACUGCAGUUGCGCAGGGUGGGGGUGCUGCUGGACUACGACAAUAACGCCCUCUCCUUCUACGAUGCUAUGAACUCCCAGCACAUAUACACUUUUGACAUUUCCUUCUUGUUGCCAGUGGCUCCCACCUUUAUGAUCUGGAAUAAGUCAUUGAUGAUCAUGUCAGGGCUGCCUGUGCCAGACUUUGUGGAAUGCACCGAGCAGCAAGAAGGCAUUUCUCGCCAGCAGGAAUCACCCUAUGUGUCCGGAAUGAAGAGCUGCCACUGAGACAUUGGGUAUCGAUUAUUCCAGGGCUUGCCCGAUGGGUUCCUCAUCCUUCCACUGCCUCCAGUUUGCCUGGUUUUCAUAGGGGUGAAGUGGCAAGUCCAGUUUGGAUUAAGGAUGUGUAGUAGUUCCUGAUAGUUUUGUCACAUAAAUAAGCGUUAUGUGAUGGCAACUCCUGUUUUAUGAAUUCUUAAACUAAAACAGUUGAAAUUGUAAUUUAUUUAUGACUAAUACGUUGGUUUGCUUUUUUUUUUUUUGUCAGUGUAUCCCUAAAAGCACUUUUUAGAGUUGAAAUUUAAUGCCCCUGUGUUUAAAAUGACUUGCUAAUUUUCAGACAGAGUUGGACUUCCUUUUGGAUAGAACAUAGUGCAGUAUAUUAGAUAAAAAAAAGGAUGCAAAUUUGGUGUUUCUACUAAGGGUUACAUUUAUUACCCGAUGGGUCUAUUACUCACGCUCUUUUCAUAUUCAGGGAGAAUAAGAUGAUUCUUUAGAUGAGAUAAUGGCAUGAUAUGUAUUUCCUCUGUGAUUUGUUCUCUCUAUCUCAGUUUCUGGUUUUGUUUUGUUUUGUUUUUGUGAGAAGCAUGAGGCACAAGUUCCCGAGGUGUUUUUUAACAUGUAUCUUUAAUAAUUGGUAUAUGAUUACUAAUGUACCACACAAUUCCAUUCGUGGUUGUGUUCUUUCAUUAACAUCUUUUCAAACAAACCAAGAAUGGAAUUUCAAGACAAUGGUGAAUAUAAUGCACAUAUUUGUCAUAGAUCCAUUCGAUCAAAAAUAUUUGAAAGAAAGAUCAACAAUCGGCAACAAAAAUGUUUUCGGCUCCUAUUUCCUAUUACAAAUGAACUUCCUAAAAAAUUAUACUGCAUUAAAUAGUAUUCUCUGCCAUCUAGUGCAUUUAAUUUCUUACAGCCAUAGGAAAAUAAUAUUUAUGGCUGUUAUGAAUCUUACAUGAUCUUCCUUGGUGUGAUUUUCAGGGCUAUCAUAAGGACACCCAGAGCUGGGUUGAGAUAACGACAAUCACUUGUACUCGUGCAGGCAAAAAAUCAAGUGUGUACCAAGAGAUCUUUGCAAUGGCAUGGCAAACUUGAGAUACUUCUUGAAAAAAUGGUUUGAGUUCAUUCAAAAGCCGGUUCAUUGCAAAUGUAGAGUAGAGAUUGGGAAAUAUACAUACUACUGAUGCCACUGUCCUGUGGCAGUUUUUGCUUUAUAUCAGUGUGGUUUCCCUCUUUCUCAGCUGAAUGUAAGUGAAUGAUCUGCUUUGGUUGCUUUACAUUUUUCUGAUUGAAAGCAAAGAGCAUUUUACCAUCUGAUCCACUUGCCUGCAUCUCCAUAUUUCUUUCCAACUUUCUUUGUUUCCAACAUGCUUUUGUUCAGGUGGAGAGUUUAGGCUAUGUUCAUAGAGAUAACACUAAAGGUUGUACAAACAGCCAUUUAGCCUUCCAAUGGUUUGUCCACCUCAUUUAUAAAAAAAUAAAUUAAAAAAAUCAGCCAUGUAAAAUCAGAAAUGUUGAAUGUCCACUUUUCAACUUCACUCUUAUAGACUCAGUGAAAGCAAACUCGAGAUGUUUUUAUGUGUAGUUGAGUAAUACAUUUAAAGGAUUAAUAGAGCAGUAAUGAGCCCUCAAAAACACACUUCCAUGGUCUAUGAAGAGUAAGGGGUCAUUCAGACCGAACGCGUUCUUGCGUUAAAAAAAGCUUGAUGCAGUGCAAUAAAUGGAACAGAAUUCUCAAGAUGUAAAUGCAGCUUCCCUCUGCAAGAUGUCGCCUAACGGUCAAAGAUGCCCAUUUAAUGCAUGUUUACAUAGAAAAACUGUUCAAGAAUGGUGCAGACAGAUGCAAAAAUACAUUUAGUGUGAACAGCCUCUGAGGCCUCAUUUAGCAUUGAGUGUUCUACCAUUUGUAAUGAUUUGUGGUGAAUAGCUACAGUGGGAUGGCAAAUUACAUGGGGUUGAAAGCUUGGAACCAUUUUGUUUUGGUCUUGUCAUAGUCUCGGGCAGUAAAUCAGUAGAUAAAAAUACUUCCUGAUCCUCAUUUCAUUUUUUAACGCUGAACAAUUUUAAAUGUACUUUCUCUGUGGGAACAUUCUCUGAUUCGCAUUACUGCUCUGUAUCUCUCAGUCAGUCACUCACUAGUUCUUUUGUCACAGUCAGUCUAUUGGCUAGCUGCUACAGUGGCUGCUGUCAUGUAUCUUGGCCUGGAUGGGUCUUGGUCUUUGACCAAAGAGGUUUUAAGAACAACCCUUCAUGUAUGAUGGAAAGUCUUCAACAUUACCAUUUAUCACUGAUUAAAUGUCUGGGCAAAUCUACGGAACUGUUUGAGAUUUGCUUUUUUCAGGUCACUAACCAUGUAUAAAAUGUAAGUCUUUCAGAAGCCGGUGAAGGUGAGGAGCGCAAGAUCUCUGAUCUAGACCGACAUGUUCAAUCCAUUUGUUCGAGUGCGCUUCAUUGGGUCACUGCAUGACAAUCUGGCCCAGGUCAAAGCACUUCCUGUGAUAUUCUCUGCUGUUUUAUGUAAACAUUUUUAUGGAAAAUAUCCAGGAAAGGUAUCAAUGUUAUGGCAUAUCAGGUUUCCAGGUAGCCGUGCUUUUCUUUGCAUUUAAGACUAUUGACUGAUUAACUAAUUACAUUUCUGUUUUGAAGCAAUUAUUUUUAAAUUUCUGAAGAAAAUGAAUGACAUGAUAAUGAAUCCUCUGCUUUGAUAUUUCAGUCUUUAUUAUGUGCUCAAGCAGCUGUGUUCAUCAACGUAACGCUCCUGUUUCAAUAGAUAUAACUUGGCAAGAAAAGAAUGUAAAUCAUAGGAGGAAAUAUAUAUUAUUUACAACUGUAUAAUAUACAAAUAUAUAUAUAUAUAUAUAUAUAUAUAUAUAUAUAUAUAUAUAUAUAUAAUAUG